AUGAGGGGAGAGGGGGAUGCCCUGGAACAGGCCAUCAUCAGCCAGGCUCCCCAGGUGGAGAAGCUCGUGGCCACCACAGCCCACGAGAGGAUGUCCUGGUACCACGGCAAUAUCAGCCGGGAGGAAGCGGAGCGGAGGCUCUACUCGGGGGCACAACCUGAUGGGAAAUUCCUGGUGAGAGAAAAGAAGGAGAACCAUGUCUACGCCCUGUCCCUGGUCUAUGGCAAGACCGUGUAUCACUACCGGGUGGAUCACGAUAAAUCUGGGAAAUAUUCCAUUCCUGAGGGCACCAAGUUUGACACGCUCUGGCAGUUGGUGGAGUAUUUAAAGCUCAAACCAGACGGGCUGAUUUUCUACCUGAGGGAAGCCUGCCCCAACCCCAACAUGCCAGGCCUGGCCUAA